CAAACCUGUAACAUCAUUCCUCCCCGCCCACAACUUGGUCACAUGGGUGUGACAUCGCGACUUCCUCAAAGGCAACGAAUUGUAGCAUCUGCAUGAGGGAGAGUGGGCUCCCUUUUACCUGGGCAUGGAGCUGGAAGACGGGGCCCUUCGGGAGUGCCUGCUGGCUCUACAGCGCCAUCCCCCCGGGCAAGACGAACAGCUGCGACCUCAAAGCCGCCAUGUGAGCCAAGCGGAGGCUGAAGGGGAGCUCACCGAGUUGUUGCUGAAGUUGUUAGGAAGCAGGGUCACACCUUCACAUAUUGCUGCCUUCCUGACCCAAUCUGUUGUGCAUAAAGCACUGCAAGGAGACCUGUCUUCCUUUGCAAAGAAGAAUGAGACACAGACAACAGAGAACAAUGAAGAGAAUGAGCAGCUUCUGUGCUCAGAGUCCUUGUGUCAUUACUGUCUUCAAUGUCUGCAAGAGGUCAUCAGCCAGUGGCUUGAGCAGCUGCCACCCUUGCCGCCGCCUCCACAUGAGCUCUGUGUUUCUGUCCAUGCCAUCCGAAACACCCGCAGAAAAAUGGAGGAUCGGCAUGUCAUUCUGCAAGAUUUCAACAUGCUCUUUGGCAUAAAGGACAGUAUUCCAAGAUCGUACUUUGCUGUGUUUGAUGGGCAUGGAGGAGUGGAUGCUGCCAAUUAUGCUUCUACUUAUGUACAUGUCAAUGUUGCUCGUCAUGAGGGACUGGAGCAAGAUCCAGCACAAGCCCUCAGGGAGUCUUUCCAAAGGACAGAUGCCAUGUUCCUGAAGAAGGCAAAAAGAGAGAUUCCAAGGUUGCGGAGUGGCACAACAGGUGUGUGUAUCCUUUUGGAGGGAGAUCGUUUCCAUGUGGCCUGGCUUGGGGACUCUCAAGCCCUCCUUGUACGGCAGGGCAAUUAUGUGACAUUGAUGGAUCCCCACAAACCAGAAAGAAAGGAUGAACGUGAGAGAAUUGAAUCUCUGGGAGGCUGUGUAGCUUUUAUGGGAUGCUGGAGGGUAAAUGGUACACUUGCUGUAUCCAGAGCUAUCGGUGACAUUGACCAGAAGCCAUUUGUAUCUGGUGAGGGAGAUGUUACUUCUCAUAUACUUAGUGGCACAGAGGACUUUUUGGUGUUGGCUUGUGAUGGAUUUUAUGACACCGUGUCACCACCAGAGGUCCCCAGGCUGGUUUUCGAUUAUCUGCAGGAGAAUGGAGGAAACUGGCAACAUGUUGCAGAGAGGCUGGUGACAGUAGCCAAAGAAGGUGGUUCCAGUGAUAACAUUACUGUUGUGGUAGUAUUUUUAAAGCACCCACAGAAAUUACUGGAGGAUAUUCAGGCACAAGGCAGUGUGGAAGGACAAGCUUUGUUUGAUUUUGGUGGUGAGGCAGAAGAGGUAGCAUCAGACCAUGCAGGGUGACUACUUAGUUCAACCUGUACUGUACAAUUCUUCUUAGAUGUGCAGAGGUGGCAGUUUAAAAAAAAAAACCAUGAAAGGGGAAUUUUCAAGCCAUUUACGGAAAGCAUUACAUUGUUUCUGAAAAGUGAGAGGCUUGAUAAUCAAACUAAAAUUUCUAAUUUAAUAGCCAAAAAAAGAGAGGGGACAUUUUUUUAUGCAUUUUUUUGCCAUUGGUCCAGCAAGUAAUCCUAAUGCUCGCUCCUGUGUUGGGGUGGACCCAAGGGUUUAUAAUAUAACCUCAAAUACAACGUGCAUUGUUAUGCUGUUUCUAAUUUGCUUUGGAGCAGAGCAAAUGUGAAAGUUAGGUAUUACAAAAGUGCUCUUCUGAACCUCUAUUUUUCCACAUGGUUGUGGGUUUCACUGGGCGAAAGACAGGCCUUAAUUAGCAAAAGAAUGGCAGAAUAAGAAGCCAUAUAAUAUAUUAAAGGCUUAUUAAACCUGUUGGAACCAAUUUCCUCAUACAUACAAAGAAGACAUUGUCAUUGUCUUUAUCCACAUCCCUUUGGGUGCAUUCUAGAAGACGGACAGAACCCUGCAAUUCGUUUUAAGAGCAUUGCUCUACUGUUACAUUUCUAAACUCUGCUGGACUCUCAAUCUACCUCUUUUGCAGUAGUAAGAGGCUAGCAAUCAGAUUCUUCUAUGCUAAUUCUACCUCCUAACUUAGUGGCAUGUCCUCAGCCACAGCUAUGCAGAGGCUGCUCUCCCAAAACAGAUCUAGCCCUUAAUUCAUUAUCAGCUAAUAGAAAUCCUUUAUAAUCUUUUUUUCCCCAAGUUUCUCCCACCACAACAGUAUUAAUACAGCCCUUUCAUCAUCGCUCUUAAUAAGCUUUGGGACCCCUGCUUCAUCAGACUGUCCAAGCAGUGAUUAUGUGCUCUAAUUUCUAUUGUGCAAUUUUAUUUUAAUUUUUUUGCCUCAUUUUUCUAUGGGAAACAUUCAGUGUUACACUUUUAUAAUUAUGAACAGUUUUAUUUAAUUUUAUUUUUAAUUGGCGAAAUUUCUGAGAGCUGGAGUAAGAGUCAAAAAUAAUUGAUUUUAUAAAGCUAUACAAUGUUUUCAGUAUUGUUGUUUGUAAACAAAAAGGCAUUUGUAUGUUGUAUAAUCUGUAUUUCCCCACAGGUUGCGUUUCAAUAAAUAUCUGCAUACCCAGGUCACUUGACUGUAUUUAAAAUAUUUUUAAAUUUUUUCUAUGGUAGGUCAUUCUAAUAUUUCACCCUUAACUAGUGGACCUCAGAAAUGAUCACAUACCUACACUAUAAUUAGUUUUGGUCUAGGAUGAUCAGAUUGUAUUAGAUAAUACUAUGUUGAAAAAGUUGAAACUCAGGGCUCCGAACACACACUGUUAAAGGGGUUAUUCACCUUUAAAUAUGCAGUUGGUCUUCAUUUUUAUUAUUUGCGGUUUUUUAAAUAUUUAGCUUUUUGUUCAACAGUUAUCCAGUUUGGAAUUUCAGCAGCUAUCUAGUUGCUAGGGUCCAAAUCACCUUAGCUACCAGGCAGUGGUUUGAAGGCUAGGUAUUGGUUUAUUCUCACUAUUUACCUCACUUGCAAGGAUAUAUUUUAGUUCUGGCCUGCAAAGGGCCAUGAUAGGAUUAUGAUGCCCUUGCCUGCUGCCAAAAGUGUUAGCUAAGACAUUUCCUGCUGUGAGCAUUUACCCCUUUUGUCUCUGUGCUCCAUACUGCAUAUUGAUAAUGUUUAAAAAGCUGCAGUAAGCUCUACUACAGUAUUUGCUAUGUCUUUUUGGGAUAUCAGCAGUGAAUUUACAGCUGAUAACUUAUUGCCAAAAGACUGCUUAGUCUGCCAAAAGUAUCCAUUCUUUUCACUAGAGCAAGCUGCAUGACACAGAAUUUCAGUGGACAACUUAAUGUUGUUAAAUACAGUUCUGGACUGGUAUUAAAAAUAGGCACUGGCAUUUCAAACUGCCUUCACCAGCUCACUACAUAGUGACUGUCUAUGGCAUCUUACAGCAGCCCCUCUGGCAUUUGCCAGUCUGGGCCUGGUUAGUUACUUGUUUGUCCUAGUCUCUAAACAAGCCAAUCUUAAUACAGCCAUCCAUGUGAAGGACCAAAUCAGGUUCCAAAUAUUUGGGCAAGCAUCAGUUAGUACAAUGGGUUAACUACCACAGCCUGCCGUGGGCCAUAUACAUGGCGAGGUAUGUGUGGUUUUUUUUUGUCAUCCAAUAUGCACCUGUGUAAGUGCAUCUUGCCCUGGAGUUUUGUGUGACACACAGAACAUCUCUCUCUUGGCCCCUAUUAGAAUUGAAUCAAAUAUGGUCACAUUGGCUUUCGAUUAACAAUGUUUGAUAAUAAACAGUAUGUACAUCUUAUUGUUUAAGGGAAAGGUUUAGUUGUCAGUGCAAAACAAAGCAUGUUAAUGUUAUGAGAUGCAUCAAGACUCCUGUUCUAUUGUUUACUUCCAUGCUUCAAAAGGGAAUCACGCCAUUCUGCUGUCUGUUACUUUGAUUCAAGAGCACUGCAUAUUUUUCUACUCUAUAGCUUUGUGUUCCUUUGUAUAAACAUGCUUCCUCUGACUUACAGCCUUGAUCGAGCUUUACACUUGAUGGUUAAUCAAACAUACUGCACUGUAAGUAUGUUCUGUUAUUGUUCUUCUGUACUCACAUGAAUAGAGGAACCAUCUCCAAUAAAAAAAUCUGCUUAACUGUA